AGUUUUAUUUGCGGUCAUACAUUGUUGUACUGAAUUAUGAAUGAAAAAUUCAAUAAGUGUUUGGUAUUUAUACUAUGUAAUGGAAAAUAUUACUUUGAUUUUAAUUCUGUAUUUAGUCAAGUAAUGCCAUGGCAGUACAUAUGUCGGCUAUAGCCUGUAAAAAUUAGGAUAACAUAACAUGAUAAUAUGAAGUUGUGUUUAUACUUAACAUAAAUCUUCUCAAAGCCAUGUAAAGUGUUGCCAUUUCAAAAAAUAUACAAGAAUAUGUUUGCAAUGAAAAUCACAUUUCGCCAUUCUUAGCAGUGAACAUUUAUGUUGAUUUACAACUGUUAACAUAGAAGUGACUUAUAUGGACAAUCUUCCCCUUCCACAUACUAUCAUCUAUGUAUAUAGUUAGUAUAGUAAAGUCUGUCACGGUUACAUGACUUGAAGAAUCUGAGUACAGUUCUACAUUAUUUUAUAAACAUUGCAUAUUUUCAUACAUUUGACUAUGCACUCAAAUGUAAGCAAGCAGUCAAGAAAUACAUAUUUUAAGUCUUCUCCAGCUGUUUGAUUGGCAGCCAUGCAUGUACGGCAUGCGUGCACGUUUACGGAUGUGUACAACCUUCUGGAAACGGUUCAAUUCUAAGGCGGGCGUGAGUUACUGGACACGAGUACAUCGUAAGGCACGCGCGAGUUUUCAUUUGGCGUGGCAAGCCACGUUGGUUAACUGCCUCUGCCCGCCACGGCCACAUAUCUCUUAGCGGCACGGAGUGCUGCUAGCAUGCGGGAGGAGACGAGCGGCGCGUCGAGGAUGUCUCUCCACGCCAGGGCUUCCUUCCCGCCGCCCCUACCCUCCUCGGCCACCGCGCUACCUCUGAGUAAGCGCCAUCGAACCAGCCGGCUGGCCUCCUUCGAGGGGUUCCACCAUGUGUGGCUCUGCCCAGGGAGUGAGAGGGAGAAGGAGGAGUCGGACAUUUCCAGGGACGACUCCUUCACAGUCACAAAGAGCAAAUCGGAAAGCGGCUUGUACAAUGGCAAUGAGACGUCAACCCCAACAGUCAAGCUUACCAAAAAAGAAUCUCUUAAGGUUCAAAAACAGAAUUACAAGCAGGAAAAGAAAAGGGCUACUAAAGAGCUGCUUAGCAACCUGAAGGACCCCACCGUGGUGAUCAUGGCAGACUGGCUGAAGAUCCGUGGCACGUUGAAGAGCUGGACCAAGCUGUGGUGCGUGCUCAAACCCGGCGUGCUGCUCAUAUACAAGAGCCCCAAGAACGAGCACUGGGUGGGCACGGUGAUGCUCAACGUGUGCCAACUCAUCGAGCGGCCCUCCAAAAAGGACGGCUUCUGUUUCAAGCUCUUCCACCCGCUGGAUCAGUCCAUUUGGGCCGUCAAGGGCCCGGAGGGUGAGACUGUGGGCGCCAUCACUCAGCCGCUGCCUGGCAGCUACCUGAUCUUCCGUGCCAUCUCCGAGUCAGACGGCCGCUGCUGGAUGGACGCCCUUGAGCUGGCGCUGCGUUGCUCCAGUCUGCUCAAGCGCGCCGUGGUCAAGGAUGGCAAGGAGGCUGAGCUCAACAACUCGGUGGAUGGAGGCCACAUGGGGCUGCUGCAGCUGCUCAGGGCCAGCGCCCCAUUCAGCCCCCAGGAGAACUUGAACGAGAGCGAGAUCGAGAGUGCUCACUUCGGAUCGCACCACCUGCCCUGGGAGGGCUCGAGCCGCUCCAACGGCGGCGACGGCGACGGCCAGCGCGAGGAGUCGGACGAGGACGGCACGGCCGACAAGACGGACGACAGCGACUCAGACGUGUCGGACCGGCCUGACGCCGCCGUCGUCACCGCCACGCCAAGCAACGGCUCUCCUGCCAACGGCUCCCCGGGGAACGGCUCCCUGGGAAACAGCUCCCAGAGCAAUGGGUCCCCCCCGGAGCCUGUGGUGGAAACGGGUUAUGUGGCCGAGCUGGGCGAGGAGUUUGGGGAGGUUGGCGAGGCGGCUCAGACCGAGACCGUCUCGGAGGAAAACAAAGGCUUGAUCUGGACACUCUUGAAGCAGCUGCGGCCUGGUAUGGACCUGUCCAAGGUGGUGUUGCCCACUUUCAUUCUGGAGCCGCGUUCUUUCCUGGACAAGCUCUCCGACUACUACUACCACGCCGACAUCCUGUCGCAAGCUGCUGUGGAGGAGAAUGCAUAUGAUCGUAUCAAGCAGGUGGUGCGGUGGUACCUGUCUGGCUUCUACAAGAAACCCAAGGGUCUGAAAAAGCCGUACAACCCAAUAAUUGGCGAGACAUUCCGUUGCAUGUGGAUCCAUCCGCAGACCAGCAGCAAGACUUACUACAUCUCUGAGCAGGUCUCGCAUCACCCUCCCAUCUCUGCCUUCUUCAUCAGCAAUAGAAAAGACGGCUUCUGCAUAAGCGGAAACAUCUUGGCAAGAUCAAAAUUUUACGGAAACUCGCUCUCUGCCAUUUUGGAUGGUGAGGGGAAGCUGACAUUCCUCAACCGGGGCGAGGAAUACUUAAUGACGAUGCCCUAUGCGCAUUGUAAAGGCAUCCUUUACGGCACCAUGACGCUUGAACUUGGAGGCAAAAUUGUAAUCGAUUGCGAGAAGACCAACUAUAAAGCCGAGAUUGAAUUCAAACUCAAGCCAUUCCUGGGGAGCUCGGACAGCGUGAACCAAGUUUCUGGGAAAAUAAAGCUUGGCAAGGAGGUGUUGGCCACGCUGCAGGGGCAUUGGGACCGGGAGGUGCUGAUCCACGAGCUGUCGUCUGGGGUCACGGAGGUUUUCUGGCACCCGACGUCAGAUGUGCGGCACCAGCGGCUGCAGCGACACACGGUCGCCAUGCACGAGCAGGGCGAGUUUGAGUCGGAGAGGCUGUGGCAGCACGUGACCAGGGCCAUCCAAGACAGGGACCAGAACAGAGCGACGCAGGAGAAAUUUGUGUUGGAAGAGGCCCAGCGAAACGCGGCCAAGGAGCGCAAGGAGUCGAACUCGGAGUGGACACCCAAACUGUUCCGGCAGGACCCCAUCACAGGCGCCUGGUGUUAUAAAUAUGCAGACACCAGGCCCUGGGAUAUGCUCAACGACAUGGUGCAGUUUGAGAGAGACGGCGUGAUCCAGACGCACAUGCGGCACAGGGCGGCGCACAGUGUGGUGAGCCUCGCCGUGCCGUCGGCAUCUCACAAGGGCUUUCAGGCGAUGGGCCCGGACCUCAAACCACUCAAGGGUGGCCUGCGACACCGGAAAAACCCCUUGCCAGACCACCAGCACUUGGACUCGUCCGACAACGAUGACGUGAGGUCGCAUGGAUCGAGGUCUCGCAGGAGGCAUGGGCUGGUGGAAAUCCACGAGGCCAUCGAUUCAGUCCGGAAAACACAGGAAGAAAUUAACAAGAAUCUGGCCUUCCUCGCUCGCAGGGUGCUGCCCAACCACCCCGCAGAGGAAGAGAGCCUGUUGCAGGCUCGAGACUGGAUGCUCAUCUUCCUGCUGUUGCUUUCCCAGCUCCUCAUCACCUACAUUCUCAAAUAGGAUGCUCGCCACCCUCUGCGUGCAUGCCGGCAAAUUCCCAGACACGUGCCCCACCCCCCCCGGGCUGCUGUGAGGUGGAAAGCGGCAGCCGUCGGAGCUGAGUGGGCUGAGCCCUUAGGCUGAACACAGAGUGGAUCCUUGACUGCGCGCGAGAGCGCUCGUCCAGAGCGGACGUGUAUGCCGGUCUGCCGGGGACUUAUUAAGCAGUGCACGGUGGAGUCCUUCGACGUAUCAAGGGGAAGCCUUGAGCGGAGCAGGGUGGAACGCUUUGUCAGUGGCUGUCUGCAGCAGUCAUAAUGUCCAAGGCCUCUGCUGCGAAAGGAAAAUUACGAAAAAUGGAGCAGCUGUGGCUGGACCCUUGCCCUCUAAUAAUGCCUGUGCACACUUACAAAUAUAAUAUAUAUUUUGAUUGCCAAGAGCACAUCUUUUACACUCCAUUUGCGAGUUAUCGCAUCAACGUCAAUUAAUAUUGCAGUUAAUGUUAUUGCGUGGUUGUCUUCGUAAGUGUAUAACUAUAUUAUACAAUGUGGAGGCUGCUGAUCCACCAAGUGGGCGUGUGUGGCUUCUCGAUUCUCUGAGCUGUUCGUUGCUCAUCACAUUUACAGCGUAUAUGUACCUGGUAUAUAUAGGGAGCUUUGCAUAUAUUACACCCAUGUUGCAGCAAUCAAGUUGUCUUUCAAGUCACAAUUUUUAUAGUUGUGAUGUAACUAAUAUAUGAGCAAGUGGAAUGAGUUGGGGUGAGUUUAAAAUUACACGAGGAAGAAAACACGCGUCAUCUUUGGUAACGAACGUUCAUUCUUGUCUUGUUAAUUCUUUUUUGUUGGCAAAAACACUGUUUGCCAAGGCUCGAGCUCGGAGUGGAACAAAACGAAUUCACUAAUUCCCAUUGCUCACGCCGGUUUUUAUUUCAGCGAAGAAAUGAAGGUGCAAGUGAAAUAAACGAAUAUGUCUUCCUUAGUGCCAUUUUAAAUCCCACAGUAGCUGGUGUUUUCGAGUCGACUGUAAUAUUUAUCUUGUCAUGCCGCCACGGUCAAUACGCUCAGCCUGAGCGUGCUAUCUUGUCUGGCAGUUGUGCGUGUGUGAGCGCGUUUCAGCACUUGGUGAGGUGGGCUACGGAUGAUUAUCAAUUUUUGGUAUUGCCCAUCUUCCCCUGCCUACAGAUGUGCAUCAAAAGGAUCUCAAGUAGAAAUACUCUUCCAUUUGCUUCAUUUCCCCACUUUUGAGUGCUUCAAGCCUUACUAUUACCUACUUUACCUUUUACAAUUCUAAUCCUAUUACGAUUAUCAAGUCAGCCGCAUGUUAUACGUCGUUACUGAACUCUGCAUACUGUGUGCAUUGGCAGUGAUUGUAUUUUAGGUGUCUGGUAAAUGUGUCAAUUAUAUUUAUACAUUUUUCACUGUUUGUGGCGCUAGUAACAGCUUACUUUAAUGUAAUUAGCCAUCACUGCCAAGAAGUCUAGUUACAGAAGGUUUAUGACAUACAGUAGUAAAUACACUGUCACACAUUGCACAUGCACUAGUAAAACACAGCUUGAGCGAUUGUUGGCCACCAGUAUUGCAGUUAUUGUGCAGUCUGGCAAUACUUUGGUUAGGGUGUGUAUGGUAUUAAAACGAGACACCCUGGAUUUCUCUGAAGACCUGCAAAGCCAUGUGACCAGUUCACAUAAGUGUGUGUCUGUACAGUUAAUGUUAACUUUAAACGGUACACCUACUUAAUGUUUAUUUUUUUUUUGCAGAAUCCUGGGUGACUCGUUGUGACACUGACUAUAAAUUAAAACGCUUUUACUUUGCACCAGAGGAUAAAUGUGAUUAUUUGUACGUACAAUUGGGUCCACGUGUAGUCUUAACCAUUUGUCUUAACUGAUCAAAACACAGGAAAUGUAAUUUAAAGAGAAGGAAAAAACGAUGUAAAUACUUGUAUACAAAAAGGUGAGAUGGACGGGAUUCCUGUGUACAUUUUUUACUUGCCAUCUGUUUAAAAAAAAAUCUGUUUAAUGUAUUGUUCCGCUGGUAUAUUCAUCUUGCAUAUGCCACAUUCUGGUUACCGUGAAUAUAUAAAUUAAUUAUUUGGAAAUUCCGAAGUUAAUAGACCAGAUCUCACUUUACCACUGAUAUAAGGUGACGUCUCGUAAUUAUAAUCAUUCCUCGCCAUGCUGUGUAAAUCCGUGUCUAAUUUGUCACUUAUUUCGUUUUUGAUAGAAAGUUACAUUUUAAGAGGUAAAGAACAUGAUGUUAAAAUUAGGUUAUCUUGCGUCCCAAAGCUGGAAAUCCUUGUACUUAAGUGCUGAGAGCUUGCCUUUGUGCGUGUGAGAGUGAAAUGAGCUUUGCCCAAAUAUAUGCAACAGGCAAUAAUAUGUUACAUGAUCACCUGGAUAUAUUUUCUACUUGUUACAUUUACUGUUAUAUUGUGCUUAAUGUUUGCAUUUUUAUUUUCACUCCGCCACUAAUAUUUAAUAAAAAGUCACAACUUCUGUUAACAGCAAUAGGGUAAAUCUUGAUUGUAAGCCUUUACUUUGUUAUAGUACGCAAGCUACGCGAUGACACAUGCAUAAACGGUGGACACUGUAAACAUGCACACACACUCGGUCAUGCUUGUGCUAACCUCUGCAGGACCCCCACAAGGGGAUUAUGACCCACAGAAGAGGACACACCACUUCAUUCACCAACAUUUUUGCUUAAAUUUGAAUAAAAAUAAAGCACCCCAUGACCAUUGAAGUAAACGUUUUUUUUGUCUUUCGCUCAAUUCACGAAAGUGCACCGGAAAGUUUACGGAAUAUUGCUAGAAAAUAAGUUGGUACUUCACAAUUCUGAUGGUGGCACAAGAGCUGGUCUUGAAUAUGUAUGGUGGUGGCGAUGAUGGUGAUGAAACCUUUGUGCAAUAGCGGAUGUUAUUCCAUUACUCUCGCUUUGACUAAAUAGCACAAGACGCAUCCACGUUGUUAUUGUAAUGUGUUUUGCCGGUGAAGUAAAGACGGUUUUUUUUAAAGAAUGGAGUUGAUGCUGAACUUUGUGCAGCCUUGUUGAUAUAAGCAAUGUGGCACCACGCCUCUCCGAGGAUAUCUCCAGUCUUGCACAUGUAAUGGUGAACUUGUAGGUUUUGCCAAACAGCCCAUUUCAAGUACUCAAUCUCAGUGCCUUGUUUUAGUCAGUCUAAAUAUAGAAUAAUGGGGGUCUUAAAAUAAAACAUGAUGUUGUAUAAUGCACCACUUGUCUUCAUAAAAAAACGCAAUGCUUAUGGAUUAUGAAAUAACCAUCAUAAAUUGUUACAGUUAAGGUCGUCGAUGUACAUUUAAUGCAGUACUACAAGGUAUAUUGUAUAAAUGACUUUAAAAAAAAACGUUUACCAUUAUUGUGAGAGAAUAUGUACACUGUUAAGCUAAUUUUAAGUAAUGCAUGCCAUUCAAAAUAACAUGUUGACAUUUAAUAAAUAUUAAAUACACCUGA